AUGGCCAUGCUGCGCAGUCUUGAUGCCAUCCGGGAGCAGUUUCCCCAGGGUGCCACGCGAGAGCUCCUCUUUGGUGCACUGCGCCGCGCCGCCAUGUCCAGUUCCCAGCUGAGCAGCGCCCUCUAUGACUUCGCGCUAAGACUGCAGGCGAAAGAACCAGGUCAAGCCGAGGUUGGCAAAGUCGACAUCCUCAGCGAGCUCUGGGCUUUAGAUGAAGGUCGAUGCGCAGUCAGCGCCAGGCGUCUCGGAGAAGGUGGACGUCGGCCAUGGGUCAAUGCUGAUGCAGACAUUCUUCUGGACGAGCAGGUGGCGGCCAUUCGCACGACCUUGGCAGAGUGCGCCAAGCGCCCUCUCUUUGCGCGCGUCGCACCGGAGCUCUUGGCGCGGCCCACGUUCCUUGCGCUGGUGCGCGUCUUCGAUGUUUUCCAGCCAUCCGAGGGUGAAUCAAGCACGUGCGGUCCGUACAGCCCAACAGAGUUUGCCGCAAUCGAUGACUUUCUGGAGCAGGUGACGCGCACUUCCGUCAUGCGUCGUGCAUUCAGACACAUCACGAAAACGCUGCCGGUAUUGCUCACACGCCCCUGGAAGGAAGUGCUGUUCAAGCUCUGGUUUCAGCGCAGAGAUGGCAAGCCUUGCGUCUUCGAGCAUGUCUUCCUAGGUAACUUAACCGAGGACAUCUCGGGUCAACCUGUAGCCGGUGGCUUUCACUGUUGGCUGAAAUUCUACCUUGAAGAGGUCAGAGGCACGGCGAGAUAUCUUGGAUAUAUUUAUAACAAUGCCGAAGCGGGCUUGACGAACAGCCGGUUUGUUUCUGGGAAGUUUGUGUGGGAUUAUUCUGGCUACAAGCUGGUUAAAGACCAGGGUGGCUUUUUCAUCGGCACCUCCCCAGAAUGGCAGCUCGCAACUGGUACAGCAGCAUACUUCGAAACAUCAACGCCGAACUUUGCGCGACAGAAUGGCUGGGUUCCUUGGACCAAUGCCUAUGCCUACAACGAGGGCUACACGAAGGAGACGACACUUGAUGGCGAGCGCUAUCGCCACGUUCUCUGCCGUGCGGGCAGCUCUGGCUCAGUCACCGAUGAUCUGGUUGAGGACAGUGGCUUCCUUGUUACUUCAUACUUCAUCUACCUUGGACCUGAGCUCCGCAACGACGAGUCCUCUGGAGCAGACCAUAUCUGCACAAGUGCGGAAUUGGCACAAACGUUGCCUAGGUGGCUUGUGGAGGAUGGCAUCACGGUGCACGUGGAGGAUGAACUGAGCCAGGAGUGCGUGCGUUUCUGCGUGGCUCGGGGCUGCCGAUCUGUUCGGGAGUCAUUGGCAAUGCUGCGAGAGGCACUGGUCUUUGACCUCGAAGACGCCAUCGCGGCGGCAAAGACACCUGGUUACCCCAGGAUUACUGAGUUGGUGGAGGAUACUCUGGAGGUUGUGCCAAUCUUGCUGGAUUAUGCGGAGGAGCCGGGUCUGAUGAGCCCAAAGCUCCCAGCGCUCCUCGCGGAGCUGCGUGGCCAGGGACGGAGAGGGCCCCGGCUCCACCGUCCGCUGCGCCUGCUGCUGACAGGGCGAGCAGAGGGGGCUCCCAUCGCCGAGCUCCUGCAGCUGCUGGAGCUGGCGCAGCAGGAAGGUGGAGAUGAAGCAGGAGUGAGAUUGGCGGACCGAAUUGCCCUGAUUCGCCAGAUUUUUUCCAAUCCGCCAUUCUCGCACGUGCUGCAAGAAGGAGCGGUGGCAUUUGUCAAUUAG